CGAAAAAAUUACUUAUUUGCUGUAAUGAUGAAAUGUGACAACAGUAGCUGUUACGUUUAGUUAAAUGUUGUAUUUACUAAUAGUGGAGCAUUUACUUAAAGUUAACAGCUGCAUGAUACACUUACACUCAAUACUUAAAGUAAUUAAAGAUGGUUGACUUUUUGGCAGACAAUAAUGUCUGCGGACAGAAUCUGUUGAGAUUAGUUUCUAGAGGAAAUGCCAUAAUAGCCGAGUUAUUACGCCUUUCCGAAGUGGUCCCUUCGGUGUUUAGACUCGAGAGCAAACAGGAUCAGGCAAAAUACGGAGACGUACUUAGCGAUUUCAGUUAUUUCAAAACGGCCGAUGUUUUCGAGAAAGGAAUUGAAUCUAAUCCUCAAUUGCAAGAUCGAGACGAAGAGUUCAGAGAGAAUCAUAUUGAAAUUUUGACUAGAUUUUACCUUGCAUUUGAAAGUAUUCAUAAAUAUACAGUCGAUCUUAAUAGAUUUCUAGAAGAUUUAGAUGAAGGAAUUUAUAUCCAACAAACACUUGAAAAUGUGCUUCUUGAUGAAGAUGGCAAGCAAUUAAUGUGUGAAGCAUUGUUCUUAUGUGGUGUGAUGCUACUUUUAGUUGAUCAAAAAAUAGCAGGUGUUGUUAGAGAAAGGAUGCUUGUCUCUUAUUAUAGAUACAGUGCUCAGAGGUCUUCAGAUUCAAAUGUCGAUGAUGUUUGCCGAUUGUUAAGAAGUACUGGUUAUAAUUCCAUGACAAAAAGACCACAAAAUUAUCCUGAGGAAUAUUUCAAGAGAGUUCCUAUGAAACCUUUGUUCAUUAGCAUGGUUAUUGGAAGACUUCGUUCUGAUGAUAUUUAUAAUCAGGUCAGUAGUAGCAGUUCAAUAUAAAUAUGCAUUUACAUG